AUGAUAACCCGGACUGAUUCUGAAUCUCCACAAUCCGCUCCCUCCUCCCCAGCAACAACAAUGACAUCCGCCCACUCCGACGCAAACCCAGACAACUCCCUCGAUGACAUCUUCGGGUCCUCCCCACCACGCAGCGAAAGAGAGCUCCAAGCACCACGCGCCACAGAGCCAUCAGGCGCCGAGCCAUCCGACCUCCCGUCUCUCCGCCGUCAACAUGUCACAGCUGGAUACCGCGACGGCACCGCAACCUCGAAGGGCCUACACGUCCAAGAGGGCUUCGACGCGGGGUUCCCCGUCGGCGCGCAGAUGGGUAUGCGCGCCGGUACAAUCCUCGGUAUUAUGGAGGGAUUGCUACGUGGGUUCGAGGAACGGAGUGGACCUGGCGUCGUGAAGAAGGCCGCUGGGCGGGCGGGCGCUGCGGCCCCGUCUACAGAGAACACGGCCGAGGUCGCGGAACUACGUCGUCAGAAGAGAGAGCAGAUUCGCUCGCUGUACCAGGCUGCCCUGAAGGAGCUGGAUGUGCAAGCUGUCUUUUCUGGUGGGGAGGGUGCUACGGCUACGGAGGUUGUUCCUGGUGGGCAGGGAGGGGAAGAGAAAGCGGAGACGCAGCUUGCUCGGAAGGGGGACGUUAUUCUCGCUAGGUGGGAGGAGAGGGUUGGUGUGCCGCGGUGGGAGGAGAAUAUGGAGGCGUUGGAGAUGAAGGAGGCCGAGAACAAGGGCGCGGGCGAGGGCCAGGCUGUGGAGCAAGAGCAGAGUUGA